GAAGCUCUACUGGUCCGAAAAGGCGAAACUCCCCUCACUGAAUGCAGCAGUGAGUAUUGAUAGUUCAUAUCGAUAAAGGCUGUGAAGUGCAGCGACAGACGACAGCAUCAUUCACCAGCGGACGGUCAUUUGGUAGCCAUGAGAGUCUUAAUAGGAGGUGGAUCUGGGUUUGUUGGUCGUGAGCUGACUCGCCUGCUCCGGGACAGAGGCCAUGAAGUCACAGUAAUAUCCCGGCAGCCUGGUCCAGGGAAGAUAACAUGGGGUGAGUUGGAGUCCAGAGGCCUUCCUCCAUGUGAAGGCGCUGUCAACUUGGCUGGAGAGAAUCUCAUGAACCCGUUGAGAUGGUGGAACGAGAGCUAUAAGAAGGAUUUGUUUUCCAGUCGCAUCGACACCACAAAGACUCUUGCUCAAGCCAUCGCUGCCUCCCCGAGUCCCCCUCACUCCUGGGUGUUGGUGACAGGUGUAGCAUGCUACAAGCCCAGUCUUGAAGCUGAGUACACAGAGGAUAGUUCAUGGACACCAUUUGAUCUCCUGUCAAGACUUGUGAAGGAGUGGGAGGCAGCGGCGUGUCUUCCUGAGAGUGUAGCAAAGACCACCAAGCAAGUCGUCAUCAGGCCCGGGGCAGUGCUGGGUCGUGAUGGUGGUGCCAUGAAGCAAAUGCUGCUGCCCUUCUGGCUCGGCCUUGGCGGCACCCUGGGGUCCGGGAGACAGCCGUUCCCCUGGAUCCACGUCGCGGACCUGGCAGGAAUCAUCGCCCACGCCCUGGAGCCCCCCACCGACACAUCACCGCCCGCCGUGCCCCAGGUCUUCAACGGAGUCGCUCCUGCUCUCAACACCAACUACGAGUUCACUAAAGAACUGGGCCGGGUGCUGCGGCGGCCCACCAUCUUCCCUGUGCCGGGCUUCGUCAUGAACGCGCUGAUGGGCUCCGAGAGGGCCGUGGUCCUGACCCAGGGCCAGAAAGUCAAACCCAAGAGGACUCUAGAGUCCGGGUUUCAGUACAAGUACCCGGACUUGACCUCAGCCCUGAGGGAGAUUGUUGGGAGUUAAUGGAUCAGGAGAGAUAUAGAGAGGAUCCUGUAAUAAUUACAACUUAACCAUAACCAAACAGCGACGUAAACUCAUAAAACAUGAUCAUGCAGAAAUCUCAUAGUUUUCAAAUCUGAUGACAGCUUGCAAGGAUUUUCUAUAUAAUUCAAAAUGAUUUAUUUUCUGACACAGGACUAAGUGUUGGAGUGUAGAUUCAGCUGUUUUCUGCUCUAGCCUUCGUUUGUUCCUCCAGUGUUUAUUCCUGCUGACUGCAGUAGGUGGGAUGUGCUGGAAGGUGCAGAUAACAUCAUCUGCACUAUUAGAGCCUCAACAAACACAACGGGACAUCUCUGGCCCUCCGUGACAGUCUGGAUAUGGCUUCCCUCAGUUCCUUCAACACACUUCUGCAACAAACUGUUGGUGAACAUUUUUUAAAAGGUUCCUGCAAUAUUGAUCAGCAUAUGCACCACAGUGAAGGCUCAUAGUGGGAUGCUGGUAUCAGUUGCAGGUUGCAAUGAUAGUCAGACCAAUAUCAGACCAAUCGGUGGUGCUCAUGAAUGGGACGUGAUCUUUAAAUGUUAAUGUGAAGUGCAGUAAUGUGAGGAAAUGACUUAACUUCCAUCUUAGGACUUUUCAAACGUCAGAUUUAUCUUCACAGAAUGGUCCAGGAUGUUUGAUAUGGAAUAUGAUUUAUUGAAAGUGGUGUACAAUAAAAGUGGGUGAAGUGCAGAAUGUGGCACUUGCUUAUUGGCUGGACAGGAUAUUUUAUUUUUUUACUGUAGUAUUCUUUACAGUCACACAUCAGAUAACAGGUUAGUCAGCGUUUUACCAAGCAACUGCUCUGUCCACAAAAUACAUCUGACAAAGUAUCACGACGACACUUCACGGGUUUUGGUUUAGACAACAUUCAAGUAAGGAAAUCUAGGACGAGGCGUACUUAAAGUGGACAGUGUGCUGGCUCUUUGUCAAUAAAUGCAGAUGUUCUAGUUUGCUAACAAAUGAUGAGUCUCAGUAGGUUGUAGUUGUGAGGUUCAUUCCUUUCCUUCUUCUGGGUGGUCACUCUGCACGCCCGCCUCCUGCUGCUGGAUGACUGGCAGCUGAUCUCCCCAUUCGCUGCUCCGGGCACAACGAUAUACAUCUCUGACAAAAAAAAAAUACAACACAUUCACCAGAAUUCAAGGAAAUGAUCAUAAGUAAUGUAGCGGUGCAUCAACAGGUGCACAGACAACACUAACACUAAUGUAGAUGAGACAUUUUUCCAAGAUAAGAUAUUUUUUGUAUUCUUUGUAUUCACAUUAAUCUGAUAAUGCCAACAAUAAUGUCAAUAUCACAGACAGAAUUUGAAAUCAACACCUCCCAAGUACUAAAUCUAAAUAAAAUUCAUAUCAAUCAGCCUCACCCGCCCUACUAGUUAUACUUUUUCAGCCGAUAAUAUUUCAAAAACUUUCUUGUACUUUGAAUUCUGUUGCACUUAAUGAUUAACUGCAAAUGUGAUCCACUGUAUGGGUGCGGGAGCAAGUGUAAAUUCAACACAGUGCUUGGAUCUGUGCACAAAAUGGCAUCGCAAGCGCAUGAGGAGGAUUAUUUCUAUGAAAAAGUAUAUACCCUGAUUUAUGGCUAUUAGCUUCAAAAGGUGUGAAACGUUAUGAGUCACAAAAUGAGUUCACGAAAAACUUUCAGGUGAUUUCA